AUGAAGUACGCCACUGCCGCCCUGGCGCUCGCCGCCUCCGUCUACGCCAAGACCGACCUCGACGGCUGCACCUCCUUCACCAGCUGGGUGACGGUGCGUCCUGAGCCCGGCUACGGCAACACCUACCAGAGCAUCGUCUGGUAUGUCCCCGACUCGCUCGAGAUCUGCCAGGGCGUCGACUGCGGCGGCGGUCGCGCGCCUCCCAAGAAAGUCCCCGGCUGCCCCCUGUACGAGGGCACCGAGACCGUGACGCCCAGCUUCCUCGCGUCCGACCCGAUGAAGACGGAGGAGCCCGAGACCGAGGCCACGGCCACGGCGCCCGAGGCGAGCAGCACGGUCAUUGUCGAGGAGACGGUCAUCGUCGAGGAGGAGACCAGGAGCGUGGCCACGGCUACCGCGCCCGACCCCAGCAGCGCCAGCGUCACCUCGGCCAUGGUCACUGUCACCACCACCUCGGCUGUCGUCUCUACCGUCACCGAGACGCCUGCAACCACCGCGGCUCCUGGUGGGGAUGAUGAGGAGGAUGGUGGCGCGGAGGAGACCAGGACCGACACCCCUGGUGCAGCUAUGCCCACUGCCAUGGUUGGCUUGAAUAUGCUCGCUGGUGCCGCUGCCGCUGCUUUCCUGCUGUAA